GCCACCCACAGCAGUCCUCCCUUCUGCCACUGCACUCCCACCUUCUGUACCACUACUGCCCUGUUGGCCGGAUUAAUAACUCAUAGAAAGGUGAAAAUACCAAACAGCCAUCAUGUCUGAGAAAAAGAUGUCAUCGAGCCGCAAGCAUCAUCUGAAGAGCCUGAUGCUCCAGAUCGCCCAGGAACUGAUAGCGGAAGAGGAAGCCCAGUCUUUAGAGGACAGGAAGCAGUACAUGAGUGAAAAUAUCGCUCCCCUGCAGCUCACAGGAUCCAUUGCAGAACUCCAGGACCUGUGUAAGAAGAUGCACCAGAAGAUUGAUGUGAUAGAUGAGGAGCGAUACGACCUGGGCAGCAAAGUUAGCAAAAGUGAUAGAGAGAUUGAGGAUCUGCAGAUAAAAGUACAGGACCUGAAGGGAAAGUUCAAGAAGCCUGUCCUGAAGAAAGUACGUAUGUCUGCUGAUGCUAUGCUCCAGGCUCUGCUGGGCUCCAAACACAAGGUGUCCAUGGAUCUGAGGUCCAACCUGAAGCAAGUCAAGAAGGAGGUCAAGGAGGAGGACAAAGAAUCUGUGGGUGACUGGCGUAAGAACAUCGAAGACAAAUCAGACAGAAAGAAGAUGUUUGAGACUAAUAAGGAGUAGAUGUUACAGAGUUCAACACAGGAAGAUGUUUGACACCGCUUGAACAACCUUCUGCCUUUGGUUACUAAGUUAUCCAGAUACUACUUGUUUGUUUGUUUGUUUGUUUUCGUCUCUGGCUAAAUUAAUCUAAGAGGUAGUUCCAUCUCUCUGGGACUGUUGGGACAGAUGUUAAUGUGUUGUUAUGGUAACUAAGAGGUAGUUCCAUCUCUCUGGGACUGUUGUGACAGAUGUUAAUGAGUUGUUAUGGUAACUAGGAGGUAGUUCCAUCUCCCUGGGACUGUUGUGACAGAUGUUAAUGAGUUGUUAUGGUAACUAAGAGGUAGUUCCAUCUCCCUGGGACUGUUGUGACAGAUGUUAAUGUGUUGUUAUGGUAACUAAGAGGUAGUUCCAUCUCUAUAGUACUGUUGUGACAGAUGUUAAUGAGUUGUUAUGGUAACUAAGAGGUAGUUCCAUCUCUAUAGUACUGUUGUGACAGAUAUUAAUGAAUUGUUAUGGUAACUAAGAGGUAGUUCCAUCUCCCUGGGACUGUUGUGACAGAUGUUAAUGAGUUGUUACGGUAACUAAGAGGUAGUUCCAUCUCUCUGGGACUGUUGUGACAGAUGUUAAUGUGUUGUUAUGGUAACUAAGAGGUAGUUCCAUCUCUAUAGUACUGUUGUGACAGAUAUUAAUGAAUUGUCAUGGUAACUAAGAGGUAGUUCCUUCUCUCUGGGACUGUUGUGACAGAUGUUAAUGAGUUGUUAUGGUAACUAAGAGGUAGUUCCAUCUCUCUGGGACUGUUGUGACAGAUGUUAAUGUGUUGUUAUGGUAACUAAGAGGUAGUUCCAUCUGCCUGGGACUGUUGUGACAGGUGUUAAUGUGUUGUUAUGGUAACUAAGAGGUAGUUCCAUCUCCCUGGGACUGUUGUGACAGAUGUUAAUGUGUUGUUAUGGUAACUAAGAGGUAGUUCCAUCUCCCUGGGACUGUUGUGACAGAUGUUAAUGUAUUUAAUCAAAACAACCUGUAGUUCUGUUAAGUCAUUUAUUCCUUUGUUCCAAUUCAAUUUCUGAAAAUAAAUGAUUUGCUGAAAAAAAAACAUGAUU